AUGUCCCUCCACCAAUUUAUCAACAAAAAGGUGCUGAUCCUCACCGUUGACGGCCGCACACUCGUCGGUGAUCUUCUGUCAACCGAUCAAAUGACCAAUCUUGUCCUGACCAACACCGUUGAACGCAUCAUUCGCUCCCCAGACGACGAUGAGCCCUCAUCUGAGAUCGAACACGGACUGUACCUGAUCCGUGGUGAUAAUGUGGUAAUCUGCGGUGAGGUCGACGAGAAGAUCGAUGCCGAUAUUGAUUGGACCAAGGUCAAGGGCGAAGUAAUCCGUGACACGAAGAACGCAUGA